GGAACCGAGUAAGCUUUGUUGCAGUAAAUGUUUGUUGGCAGAAAUAUCGAUAGCCUGUUGAAAUGAUGUUAAUACAAUGACGUCCAAUUUAUUUCCUUGAUUCACAAUCACAGGCCAACUAAUUUAUUUUUUAUAGCAUCUUACCAGUUGCAACAAGCAAAAAAUAUGAAUAAAGGCUGGCUGGAGCUAGAAAGCGACCCAGGUAAAACAAAAACGCUUUUCCAAACAUAACUUUUUCGGGCGAAAAUUACGGCAACAAACUUUUUUUUAAAAUUAUCAACAAUGAAUCAGUGUCAACAGUUUGAAACUGUAUUUUUCUUAUACUCAAGUUAUACUAAUGCUGAGUAAAUUGUAAACUAUGACCAAUGUGGGCUUUAAUUAUGUAAGUAAGAUACAUGUUUUAGCUGAUUUUGAUUUCCAAACUAAUAAAAUUUAUAUAGAUGAAUCAUGAAGGCUACUUCAAUUAGUUAAGUGAGACAUAUAUAGUAUAGAUUAUAAAUAUAGGAGAUUUUAUAUGUGACUAAAAUAAAAACUGGGCAGAGAAUUUUUGAGAGAGCUGCUACUCCUUGGUCCAAUGCUAUUUCUUAUUUUCAAGCUUUAAAUACUUAAACUUAAAUAAACAAACAAUGGUAUCCAGGUAGGAAAUGUAGUCAGUAUUCAGUAUGAGUAUACCCAAGAUGUUCAGGCCCAAGUGGUAACUGUUGUGAAACUUUAAUAAAUUUGUUGGGGUAGGGUGGGAGAGAAAUGUAUUUGCCAAAUAUUGUAGAUAAUUGUAUAAACAGUAAUCUUCAUAAAAAUCGUGCCUGGUGGAGAAUUUAUGAGAAAUUAAAUAGUAGACUUGGCUUAAUUCAACUGGAUAUAUUUUUCACACAAAAAAAACUGGAAGACACAGUAUUUUUCAGCAUCCAAUUCUCUUUAAAAUAAUAUAUCACACAAAAUAUUUAACAAAGAAAUUACCAAAUUUUUUUCCCAACACAUAUGCAAUGUAUUUUGUAUUUUCAAGUGGAUAAAAGGUUGAUAAAGGCAACAAGGGGCUCAUAACUCUGCAAUGAAUUUUUUCUAGCAGAAAAAUGAUUUAUCCAAGUAUCUAUAUAUAGUAUAGUCAUGUCCCCCCGGGGUGGGAAGGGGGGACUUAGAGACGUAAAAUAUAUCCACCCCAGCCCCAAGAAAGUCCUGCCCGGUUGCUGUGCGAGCAGCACCCCGGCCGGCCAGGUGUUCCUUCUCUGGUGCCGCCUCACUCGCAUAGUCCAUUGAGUGGAAGGGUGGGUGUGGCUGUCUCAGGGGUGGAAUGCCUCCGCUUCGAGGCCCGACUGGAAUAAAGACCACUUGGGGAGUUGUUGAAGGCCGGUUGAGUUGGCAGGGUAGGGCACUGGGGAAGACUUUAUGAGCUCAGGCUUGAUAGUUUGCUGAUUUUCUUACGUAAGUUAGUUAGUAUAGUCAUAAAGGACUUUGGUCACAUUUCAUGCAUGACUUGACAUUCCAGCUUAUAUUAAAAUAUUAAUACAAGCUGAUGUUACCUGGUUUUACUCGGUUGGUAAUACAUAAUAUUAUUGUAAAAAUUAAAGCUUUCACUUAAACACCAGUAAAUACAUACAUAGUGACACUGCCAUUUGUAACCACAGAUAGUGUGGAAUAUAAUUUGUUGAAUAAACCAUGAAAUAUGAUUGGUGGGGUGGGUGGUAAAUCCAGCGGUGAAUGGACAGGGAAAUAUGAAUGAUUUGUGAGCUGUGAUUAUCAUAGUUUUUACACAUGCGAAAAUUUAGUUUUUGAACAGGUUUUGUUGUUAAUUGAUUUCCAGGAUCCAUCUUUAGAUGAUGUCAAAUUUGGUUGUGAUCCGUUGUUUGGUUUUCAUGUUAUCAAAUAACGUUUGUAAAUACAUACAUUCAAUGAUACAUUACAUACAGAGGCUUUGUUGUUGGCAUCCGUCCGUCACAUGUGACGAUGGUGUGGGCUUCAGAGGCUGAAAUCCACAAGGCCUGGGAUUAUUUCAUCAAGGAUUAUAAGCUGGUUCCCAACAACAAAUCGAGUCUCUCUCCACGCCACUGGAUAACCGAAGGGAACAUCAUUGGAUGAUACAGCUUGGCACCAGUGACGUCGCAGGAGUUGUCAGAAUGUUUCAUUGCACCAAUGUUAUCCGCCUUUCGAGACUCCAUCUCCGGGUUUGAUUUCAGAGUUUCCUUCUCUUAGAUGAGUUGCCAUCCAUGUUUAACGAGUCCCAUCUACCUGGGGUGCUGGUGAUGUUUUUGCUUGACUGCUUUGGCAGGAAUUGAUCUCCAGACCACCAACUUGAGAUUUGCUCAAUUUAGACCACUCAGCUACCCAGCACAAUGUCCUUUAUAUGGCAAAUAGUUUUGCCAAUUUCCAAACUUAAAUGUGACAAUAGAUUUUAAUAUAUUCUUAUUUCUAAAUAUUCAACUUAGUAGAUUUCUGUCAAUGAAAGGCGAAGUCUGAUCGACAUGUAAGUAAAUGUGACUUUUGUCAGAGAACCACAUAUUCUUAAAAAAAUCCGGAUCCUUGUACACCAUGGCCAUAAAUGCUCCACAAAACAUCAUCCUAGCUUGCAUAUCUGGUUCUGUCAAUCAUUUUCCCAUCCCUAAUUAUGAAAAUGCAUAACCGGUGAAUGGAUGUAUUGAUAAUUUUUAGCUUUAAGGAUUUUCAUUGUAGUCUUUGUAGGGGCAAUUGCAGCUCCUGCUGGAGAACAUGUGCGUGAUACUCAUUUAUCAAAACACUUCCUGGUCGAUCAGACUUCCCUUUCCUUGGACACAGUACACUUCCAGAUGAGUGAAAUUUCUUAACAGUACUGCAUAUUUUAGUGAAUACUGUAUAGCACUAUAAACAACAGAAGUUGGACAUACAGUGAAGACUGUUUAAUUUGCAUGACUUGAGGUCAGCUUUAAAAAAUCCUGUAAAGAAUAAUUAUUAAAAUAUUUAAAAAUUAUUUAUAUAUUUAGGCAAAAACAAAAAAAUACUAUGUUUAUUGUAUUUUAAUUAAAUAUAUCCACUAUAUGUAUAUAUCCAAUAGUUAAAAAUAAAAUCAAUUCUAAUAUUUAAAUUGUUAGUAAAAGUUAUUUGAAGGCAUGAAAUUAAUUUUUUAAUCCUAAUCCUGAACCUAUCCCACUGUUAGUUUUUUUUUAAUGGCCACAACAAAAAAUUGUGAAUAUUUUUCAAGUUUUGUGUUUCUUCCUUUUUAUGUUAUUAUAGAAGUGUACCGUAACUAUUUUUCUGUUUCCUAAUUUUUUUUAAAUAUUGUCGAUGUAUAGCAAUUAUUUCAUACAAAAAGCCUUUGAAGUUAAAUAAAAGAAAUAAUUAUAUUAAAAUAUAAGUAGCAAGACUUACUGGCCUAAAGUGUUGAAAUUAGCAGACCAGGAAACAUAGUUAUUAUUAUGAUAAUGAAUUAUUAUCUCUAUCUUACAUUUUUAAAUACUUGAUAAAUAAAUAUUGGUAUAUUUCAGGAUUGUUUACAUUGCUUCUGGAAGACUUUGGUAUGUAAAAAUAUUUUAUACUCUGAAAAACUAAGUAGUUAAGAAUUAAGAUUUUGCUUAAAUUAAGCAAUUUAAUAAUGUUCGUUCAUUCAUUUUAAUAUAUUUUCCAUUCUUUAAAAAUUAUUCACACUUUGUUGUAAUGCAGAAAAAAAGUCAGACCCUAACUAUAUACGAAGUGUCAAAAAUCUUUAAGCCACCCAUUUAUUUUGAAUCCCUAGGUUUUUUGGGGGGUUCUCUCUUAUUUCAGCAUAAAUCUCAUAAGAGUCAUUCUAACAGUUCAAUCCCUCCCACACACAGACACCAAUGUUUUGCACAUUUGUACUGGUAACUCUAGCCCAAGAUUCUUACUCCUCUUUUCUUUCUUGAAAUCCAAAGGUGUAAAUGGAGUCCAAGUGGAAGAGAUCUAUGACUUACAAAAGCCAAUUGAAGGGUAAAAUAAUUACUCAUUCAUGAAAAUCAUUUGCCAUAAAUGUCUUUAUUACUUAAGGACAAUAAGAAGGAACAGUUUGAUUUUACAUACAAAAAAGGAGAUUAUUUUAAACAACUAGUGUUAGUUAAACGAAAUAUAAAUUUGAUGAGCGAGUUAAUUUCUCUAUUUAUUUGUGUCGUUUUUUAGACCUGUUUAUGGUUUCAUCUUCUUAUUCCGCUGGAUUGAGGAAAGACGAAGUCGUAGAAAAACCAAUACUGAAGUUGAAUCCUUUGUAACUGACCCUGACGCAGUUAACAAUAUAUUUUUUGCUCAGCAGGUACUUAUUUUUUAAGGAUUAAUCAUUUAAAUUAUUAUUAAAUUAUGAAUUAUAGGGUAUAUAAAAUUUUAUGUUUUUCUUUUCUUAGGGAAACACAGCUUUGAUCUAUUUCAUAAUAGAGGUGGGAAAAGAUACAAUAAAUGUCAAUAAUUUAAAUAAAAAUAAGAUAUACAAUUAACUAGUUUAAACAUUUUAUAUAUUAAUAUAUUCUCUCUUUAAAAGUAAAGAACGAAAUCUUAAAUCAGCCUAAAGGUAAAGACGCAAACACUGAAAUAACAAAUACUAAUUGAAAUACUCCAACUUCAACAGAUAAUUCCAAACUCGUGUGCUACUCAUGCCUUGCUUAGUGUACUCCUGAACUGUGACAAUAAAUUAAAACUGGGAAAGACACUAAAUCUCAUAAAAGAUUUUACAGACUCAAUGUCACCAGAGGUUUGUACCACAGUAUUAGCUUAUUUUGUUGGGAUGUAUACAUUUUGAUAUUGUACACAUGCUAUGACUCAUCCCAUUAUUGUGAUCUCCACAUAUAUGAGAAGGUUGUGCAUUUUAGACUUGAAGAUUUUACGGUGAAUCUUUGUGACAUUAUCUUUGGAGUGCAUUUCUUGUAAAAAUUAUUGACGAAGUGAAAUGUUGAGAACAUAUUCAUUGCUUAACGCAUUUUUGAUUAUGUCCUUAUAUCUUCUUGGUUUGAUGAUAUUGCUUUAAAAGAAAAUUGCCUUACUGUUUCUUUUAGGAUAAGGGUUAUGCAAUUGCAAAUAUGCCUGAACUUGCAAGAGUACACAAUAGUUUUGCAAGGUGGGUUAACUUUUAAAAUGUUCGUUCAGUAUUUUCUUGACAAAUAUCAAAUAGUUUUAAUUGUGUUUAAAAGAACUACUGAUUACUUUGACAUGAUGUUAUAAAUGUUUUGUUAAUAUUUUAAUAUUUACAUUUAAAUUAUGAUUUACUAUAUGUUACAAAUAAAUUUUAACAAUUAUUAUAAAAUUGCAAUGAAAGACUUCUAAAUAACAAAUAUUUUGGCUUUCAUCCUGUGCAUAAAAAAUACUAAAUGAAUUUUAAUCUGCCUUAAAUUCUAUUUUUUUGUAACUCAAUUUUAAACAAUUAUUUCCAGACCAGAAAACAGUAAACCAAUGCCAGAAAAACAAUCAGGGCUCUCCAGUGUCAGAGCCAUGGACUCUGAAACUUUUCAUUUUGUCAGCUAUGUCCCAAUUAAUGGACACCUCUUUGAGUUAGAUGGCUUGAAACCCCACCCAAUAGAUCAUGGUAGUUGAUUUUAAUGUUAAUUAAUUUAUAUUAUGCCUGAAACAGCAGAUAAUUUUAUUCAUAGAGUGCCAGGUUUUUGGUCUUAUAUAUAAAAUUUCAUUUUAAACCUGUUGUAUUUCAGGCCCAUGGGAGAAGGGUGAAGACUGGACAGAAAAGUUCCGUCGCGUAAUAACAGAUAGACUCGGAAUGGCAACUGGCGGGUUAGUCAUGUAUUUACAUUAGCGAUUGGGCAUUAUUGGGGAAGUAGGAGGUUCUGAAUUAGUUAUGUAAAUAAUCAAAUUGAAUACAUUACUUGUUGAAGUCAAUUUAAACUAGUCUAACAACACUAGUUUUUAUUUUUAUGUAGAUGUUCAUAAAGAAAGACGUUAAUAUUUUAUUUUUUUUGAAUUUCUCCCUUGACUAAUUAAAUUGUAGAUAACUUUUGUUGUCUUUAAUCCAAACCAAUAUUUCAGUGAGCCCUACCAUGACAUUCGUUUUAACCUCAUGGCUGUUGUUCCUGAUAAGCGUCAACUCCUGGAACACAAACUGAUGACACUAAAAACAAACCGCAAAAUUGUAUUGGAGGCAUUACAACAGGUGUGUUUCAUCAUGUUUUUUUUAAUAAUUAAAAUUUUUUUUUAUUUUUAUUUGGUAUAUAGAAAUGUCCUCAGCCAUAAUUAAAUUUCACCAGCAUCUUUUAAUCAUGUUAUUAAAACAAUCAUCAUAACAAUAUGUCAUUGAAAAAAAACUGUUGCCUAAUUAAACAUAAACUGCGAAGGGAGGAUUUAGCUUGGAUUAAGAGUAGGUCUUAGUACCUCUUUGAAAUGGUCAAGCUGUUUAUACUUGUGAUGUUAGUUAUAAUUGACAUGUAUAUUAUUUCUCUGAUUAAAAAUUCUAAGCUUUUUCUCAUUAUAUUCACAAGCAGUCAUAUCUUAGAUAAGAAAUGACUGGUAUGAUUCUGAUCUCAAAUUUCUAAUGAAUUAAAAAGCUCAUUUGUGAUUUUUCUCCCUUCCAACAUCACAUAUUUAGCUGCUGGAUGCUAAGGUAAAUUAGCAAAAGCUCCAGAAGAACAUGAACAAUUUACCCUUUGAUUAUAAUUUUUAAAAUUGAGCCUUUAUAUUUCAUAGCUUUUAAAGAUAUUUUAACGUUUUUAUAUUUUCUUUGCUUUAUAUAUUUUUUUAGUAAAGCAUAUUUAGAUGCAUUUUUGCUUUACUUGGCUAUUUUGUGCUUAUAUGUUAACACCAUUUAGCACAUUUUUGUUUCAUUGUUUAGUUCCACACAAAAAUGCAACUAAAUUAAUGAAAUCUUGCAAGUUGAUUAACAUCAGGAUAAGUCUUGGGAUUAUUUGACUGAUCAUAAACUCACAGAUCAUAAACUCACAAUUUUUUUGGCACUUUUGAUUUACCUCAUUUCAUUUUUCAAACAAGAUUUUGUUAUAAACAUUUAACCAAUAAUAGUAAUUUAAAGUAGGAUGAGACAACUUGGUUGAUGGCACAAUAAAUCAUGAACCAUUGAUUAAUGAUUAAAGUUUUAAAAUAAUUCAUAAAAUUGAAAUCUAAGCAUCUAGUUAACACAUUUUUAUUAAGGUGGAGGGAAUAAUUUAUGUGAAUAAUUUGUGUCAUUUUGGUUUUGUCUAAUUUAUCAAGGAUUGGGGAGGAUAACUUCAUGGUAGAAAAUACAAGGCCAGGUUUAAGCUAGGAAACUUUCUUUAUUUAUUUGAAGAUAUAAAAAUUAAUAUUUUUUUAUGAGUUUGUGUGGGUUAACCUUAUUUGGGUUUUAAUUAAGGCCAGAAUUAUUGCUUAGGUUUAAAUUUAUUAUUACAUCUCAUCUAUUUAUUGAAUAAACACAAUAGUUAUGUUGGCUCCGCGGAACUUUACAUCUUAACCGUUUAUAAACAGAAAAAUUUAACAGAACAUUUGAGAUAAAAUAUUUUAAAGAUGUAUUUUAAUUUUGAUAUACUUAAUAUUUUUGUAUAUAUGUUAAAGGCUUUUUAGGUUCUGGUUGGAUUCUGUUGGGUUAACCUACUUGUGAUAUUGUUGAAUAUCUCAAAUGUCCAUAUCCUGUUUUAAAAUUAAAUGGAAAGAAAUGUGUAUCAGCUUUUAAUUUGUUAAAAUUAUAGUGACUUUUAGAGAUUAUUUUCAUGCAUAAGUAGGAAUUAUGUUUUAUGGAUAAAUAAUUUUAUUUUGUAGUAUUUGUGGAAUAAUCCUAGUCCCAUAACUACAAUCAUUUUUGAAGUGGUUUUUUAAAAUGUUUUGUGUGUGUAAUUUCUUAAUUUUUUUUUACUAAAAUGCAUACAAAAAAAUUUUGUUACACCAAUAUUACACUUAGUGAAUUUUAUUAAAAAUGAGAUAUCUAUAUCUAAUUAAAACUUUGAUGCAAAUAGUUUUUAAAUGAAGAUAUUUCAGCUUGCUAAAAGCAUUGCUAAAUGCUGCUACACUACUUUUUUUUUCUCAUCAGUUGCUAAAAAUAACAGGAUGCUUUUUUUCUGUAUUUAUUAUCAUCUAUUUCCUAAUACAUUUUGCAGAAAAUUUGUUGAAAACUAAAAAUUUAACUUAUUGCUGUAAACAUUUCUGUACAAAGUUUAAAAUGUAGUCUACCAUUUAAUUUUGAUUUUUUUUUCAAAGUGAUAAUCAUAUUGAGUUAUUCAGGAUUGAGGGGGGAAAAUUUAAUCGGUUAAAUGCAUUUUAUCUCUUAGGUUAUGUCUUCAGGUUAAUGUUUUAGCUGAACAAAGUUCCAUUGUAUAAUAAAUGGGGAAUAUUUUAAUCACAUUUAAUGUUGCUCAGUUGGUAACCUUUGUAACCCUUGAGCCCCGUUCAUCCUUGUUUAAGCUGUUAUGAACUGUGACUGUUAACUGAUUUCAAUCAUCUUUGAAACAGCAUGCCAUUUUAUAGCACUAUUUUAAAACCAAUACUUUUGUGGUUUUCAAACAAUUUGGUGAGAAACCUUUGCAUGCCUUAUACUAACUGCAUUAAAUGAUUGAUUUAUCUUUCAAUUAAAUCCUUUUUUGAAUUAAGUUUAGAAAAAUCACCCGAGAGAAAUUCCUCUUUUCUUGAUUAAGCUAUAUGAUUGAGAAAGGGCAGAGUAACGGGAGAAAAGAGAUUUACACUAUGAGUGCUUGCAAAAUGCAUUUUCUUGCUUUUUAUCAAGACACACGGAAGCAUAUGAGUGGAUUUUUAAUUUGGCAGAUAACAUAAAUACAAUUUUGGAUCAGAAGAAGAGGAUUGACAUUAUUUCUCAAAUGGAUUAGUAUGAUUAUCAUUUAUUUAUUUCACAAUUCGGUAAAUUAAGUUUAUAAAAAGUUUAUUUUAUCUAUUUAAUUUCUGUCAAUAGCACAUGUCUAUGUUCAAAUAGUCCUGUGUGUUCAACAUGUUUUUUUUAAAUUUCUGAGAUUUGGCAUAGUGAAUAAAUGAACCAUUUUUAACUUCAAUCUGAUGUGAGAUUGGAAAUAAUGAAUGAUAAUAGUGAGGUUUAAUACAGUGGUACUACCAUCCAACUAAUUAACUAGAUUUAUUUUUAUAAUUGAAAAACUUAACAUUCAUAUUUAAAGAAUUUCCAUGUAGUAUUGAUUUACAUUCUAACAAUUUUAAAUAACUUCAUAUAAGAGGUUUCCAUUUGAUUUUUUUAGGUUGUUUCUCCAGCAAAUAGUGAACAGUCAGAUUCAGAUGCUAAAUCUCAAGGAAUGGAGGUAAAAAAGUCAACAGCAUUGACAUCUGGAUUAACAGCUGCUACUUGCGGUAUCACAGCAAAUGAAACAUCCAGCACAAACUCAUUGACUAACUUGACACCAGCAGCAGCAUCCUCACAUUCUACUUCUAAUUUGGUAACAGCAACUCCAACAUCUGCCGCAGCAUUGCUUUCAUCUUUAUGCUCACAAUCAACAGCUACAUUAAAAACAGGGUCGGUUAAUACUACUAGUUUAUUAUCUUCUAAUGCAACACCUCAUAAUUCCACGCAUCAAGCAGUCAAAUCAACAACAAAUGGAUCCGGUCCCACAAACUCUAAUGAGCAAAUGAAACUACGGUCGUCCACAUCUUCAGUUAAAUUCAAUUUAAGUCCGUUGACACAGCUAGAAACCAAAAUCAAUUCUUCAGAAACUCAUGUUUCCAAAAUUGAAAAAUCAACAACAAACAGUUUACCAGGACAAGCUGGUGGCUCUGAUGCUCCCGGGCAGGAGUGCAGCAUUGGUGUCGUUGAAAGCAGUGGUGGGGAAGGAGAGGCUCAUAUCAAACAGGAAGUAAUGGACAUGGAUCAUGCAUGUAAGAUAGCCGUCAAAACUGAACUGAAGCCUAUCACAGUCAAGACAGAGGGUCUCACCACAGCUGAAGCAAAAAUCACACUGCAGGUGACCCCAGUGACAGCAACGGGUGGCAUGCGAGCAGACAUAACCAAGCCCCUGAGCAUUGAAACUAAACUCAGCACCUCACCUUGUGCUGCUAGCAAUGAAAGUACUGACACUGCUUCAGAAAUAGGCAGUGGCUUUAGUUCUCCGGGUACAAGUUCCUGUCAGAGCAGUCCACAGUUCUUAGAAAGCCACAGUGUUACUGGUGGGUUAUCUUUACAGCAAAAUUGUUAAAAUAUGUUUGUGUUGAUUAUAUUUCCUUCAUAAGAUUGGAAAGAUUUGUUAUCAUAUAAUUGUUUAAAAAUUGUGUAUUAUUUGUAUGCAGGUGAGUAACCUCUAAAUAGUCGAAAGGUCAAUUUGAUACUUGUCAUUGAUAUACGGCUAAAACCUCAAGUGCUUCAGCUUUGAUGAAUAUUAAAUAAUGGUUGAUACCAAGUUUAACUAUUACCUUUGUGAUUUAUUUGUAGACAUUAAAUCUGAAAACUGUGAUGACAUGCAUACACUUAAGCGUAAGAGGAAAUCAAGUCAUGUUUUUACACCCAAGGUAGGUUUUAAUAUACCUGUGUGUACAUUUUCAGAAAUUACAACAGAUUAUACAAUCAUCCAUUUCAUUACGUCAUGUUUGGGGAAAAAACAAAAUACUGUACAUUAUCUACUAACAACAAUAGUUUACUUAAAAUUAAAAUAAAUCGUAAACACUAGGAAAUAAGGCUGUUAACUAAACUGCUUUCUUUCUUCAAUGAUUGUAACAAAUAAAAAUAAAUUUUUAUUUGACUUUUAGGAUCUGGUAGAUCUCCUUAAGAAUGUAGAUAAAGAAAUUGAGAUUUGUGAGGCAAGUUUGAAAGAAGAAAAUGAAAAGCGCAAAAAAUACAAGGUAAGGGCCAGAGUUUUAACUUUCUUCAAUUAAAAGAAAAAGUCUUUUGAUUUCUUUGUAAACAAAUGGCAAAUUUAAAAGAUAUUAUUGAUUCCUUGCAAAUGCUUUUUUUAAAAUUCCAAUGGGUGAACGUUUUUAAUUUUUGUUUUAAAAAGUCUGAAAUAUUAUUGUUUCCAGAUUGACGCCUGUCGAAGGACACAUAACUACGAUACAUUUAUUGUCACUUUUCUGUCAAUGUUGGCUGAACAAGGCCUGCUGGGAGACCUUAUGGAAGAAAAUAUCGCCAUUAAAAAGACAGGUGGAAAUGCCACAACUGGACCAAAAAUGACCAAAAAGGCACUCCUGAAAGCAUCUGAGAAGAAAAAGAAAGCAAAAAUUAAGAAGAGAGGAAAAAAGUGAUAAUUUAUGUAAACUUUAUCUAUACUAUGAUGUUUCCUGUAUUGGGCUUUCAAAGGUGUGUGAUUUAUCUCCCCUUUAUUCCCUCCUGCCAUUGUGUUUACUUAAUGCUGUGUUGAUAGAAUUAUUUUACAUGUCCAAUCAGAACAAAGAAGCCGUAGUUAAAACAUGACUCUUUCAAUCGAUCUAUCAUUCUUUUUUAGAACCAACUGGAAAAAAAGCACUUCUCCCAAUUUAUUUAUUUAUUUUAAAAAAAAUAAAAAUGAAUUAUGGAUACCGGGUACAUCGUUUCAUUUUGAGAACAUGACUCUGGAAUAUCAUUAUCAUCAGGUAAGAAAAGAAUUGAUCGUAAAUACGUCUAAAUAAAGAAAAAAGAAAGAAUAAGUUAAAACAGUUUUCACAGUUUUUUUAAUGUAAUUAUAAAGCACUUUCAGUACUUAAAAUCACAUCUUUGCUAAAGCAAACAAACAAAAAAAUGUCGGUAUUGACCAAUAGGUGAAGAGAUUGAUGAUGUGGAUUUUAUUUGAACUGUCGUGUUUUCUUGUCUGUAGAAUCUCAAAUCUUUUGAUUUGAACAGUUGAAAUGCUUGCAAUAAACAAUAUUGUUAUUUUUUCUGUCUUUCUUGAGUUUGAU